ACGACUCGGCCACACCGUGGCCAUGGCUGCUGGGUCACGUCCCCGUCAGGACGAGUGUACAAGAUGUCAGUCCUUAGUUUUAUUUCCUUUUUACAGUAUAUUAUGGGCUGUUUGUGGUGAUACUGGUGGAGCCGCUGUGUGUCUGAGUGCAUCAGCCAGGCAGUGAUCAAUGGGAGCUAGACAUAUGUCACCCGACGAACGUCCAGAAAACCAACUGCAUCUCUUCUAAGAUUGCGUGUUGCGGGUACUGGACUGGAUGCCUGGACUCUCCUCAUGGAUAACCGGCCAGAACCCCAUCACCAUUUUAAUAUGAUGUGCAUGUAUUUACCUGUAUGUCAAUUGUGGCACCCAUUGCACUCCUGACCAUCCCUGGAAGAAGGGAUCCCCUACACUGCGUUUCUUCUCAAGAUUUCUUCCUUGCUGAUUCAAGGGAGUUUUUUCUUGCCCGUGUGGGGGCAUGGGUAAAGGGGGGUGUCACAAAUAUUUGGCCUGUUAAGCCCUUUGAGACUGUAAUGGUGAUUAAGGGCUAUACAAAUAAAAUUGAAUUGAAUUGAAUUGAAUUAAAUCUACCAAAACAGGUCGUAUUGAAGAGAGCCUUGCUGGGAGAAGCCUUUCUUUAUUAAAAACGUCGGAGCUGGAGAAGAUGCGGCUACUUUUUCGAAAUGCCCACGCCAUCGGAAAAAAGGGCAGGCCUUUCACCGACUUUGCAUGGAGGUGUGAGUAAGUGAAUAGAUAGUAACGUUACUAUUUACAUGUUUCAGAAUCUGUGCAUUUAACACGAAACAGAGUGACAUACAUGCUUCCACAGACACAGAUGGAACUUUACAAAAAGAUAAUAUUAUGAUAUGAUGAAUCAUUUCAGGGUGGAAAAGGAAGAAGGGCUUGAAGAUAGGAGAGACAUAAACAAAUUAAUACCAGGCAAAAGAGUUCAUACACUACAUAGCGGAGAUUGAGAGAAGAAAGAUGAAGCCAAGCUUAUCAGAGGGCAAGUUCAUCUCGGUCAUGUCAGAUGGAUCCCUGGACAGUGCAGUGAUGGAAGAGGAAAUAGUCUACGUCAGAAGUGCCAGUGAGGGGAAGGUUAAAGUUGAUUUUGUAGGAGUAAAAGCUGUCUCAAAGCUAGAUGCUACAAAUAUAGCCGAAGCUGUGUGCAGUAUAAUGGACAGUGAAGUCAGCACUGAUUGGGAGAACAAGCUGGUGGCCCUCACUACAGAUGGAGCAUCUGUAAUGACAGGAGUAAACAAUGGUGUAGUCACAAAACUGCGUGCAGACAGACCAAAUGUGCUAGGGAUCCACUGCAUGGCCCAUAAGCUUGAGCCCGCCUUUACAGAUGGAAUAAGGAAAAAUGUGAUGAUCAAGAAAGCUGAGGACCUGUUGAGUGGACUCUAUACUCUAUACCACAAGAGUGGAGUGAACAGGGCCAGCCUAAAGCAACACUUCAGGGAGCUCCACAUGAAGGCUUUGAUGCCAACCAGAGUAGGUGGAACCCGGUGGCCACCACAUCUCUUCAAAGCACUUGACCAUUUUCUCAGGGGAUAUGCUGGCAUUGUACGCCACUUACAGGAGAAGUCCCAGGAGGCCACGGACAUCAAUGCUCUUCUGAGGGCAAAGGCCAAGGGGUUCCACAACAUUGCCAAGGAUGGUGGAGUGCUCAGGUUUUGCUGUCUUCUCCAUGACACCAUCUAUCAACUGAGCAACCUCUCCAAGUCACUGCAGAGAUUAGUGUCAAUCCUGGCUGAAGCUCAGAGGUCCUUGUCCUCCACUCAGGCUGUCAUAGAAAAGUACAGGUCAAGAUCUGGGCCUAAGCUGAGAGCAGUGCUGGACACAGACACCUUUGAGGGAGUCCUCCUGAAGCCUACUGAUGCUGACCAGCAUGACAAGGCAAAGAACGAGCUCAUUGACUCUCUGUGCCGGUGCAUCACUGCUAGAUUUAGUGAUGUGAACAGUGGUGUCCUGCAGGCUAUGCGGCUGACCAGUUUCAAGUGCUGGUCAGAAGCAGACAUGAGUUCAGAUUUUGGAGAUGGAGAGAUAAACAAACUCAUCAGUCACUUACGACCUCUUCUGCUGCAGUGGAUGUGGAGUUGAUCCCUGAUCAAUGGACAAAUCUCAAGACUGAACUGUACCCAGCAGGAUUCAGCCAAGGAACCUUUGAGAAGACCUGGCCUACUGUGAACAGAAUGCUCCGCCAUUGGUGUCCUGACGUCCUUGAUCUCUUUUUUGCUCUCCUCACCA